GCCGGGAGUGAGAAGAACACCACCGCUAGUCAGGCCCUGACGCACCGCUCCCCUACCCGGACUGAAGCUCCGGGACAUGCUGCUGGGAUAGGUCGGGGAGCCGCCAGGGAGGGGAGGACGAUACCUCAGGGACCGGGGCCUCCCCUCCCCACAGCCCGUAUUAACAAGCACCGAACAGCGGAGCUCAGGCCUCACCGGCGGCGGAAGCGGACAUGUCCGGGAAAAUCGAGAAAGCAGACAGCCAGCGUUCCCACCUCUCCUCUUUCACCAUGAAGCUCAAGGACAAAUUCCAUUCCCCCAAAAUCAAGCGUACGCCAUCCAAGAAGGGCAAGCCAGCCGACCUCACUGUAAAAACAGAGGAGAAACCAGUCAACAAAACCCUAAGCCGUUUAGAGGAACAAGAGAAAGAAGUCGUCAAUGCCCUGCGUUACUUUAAGACCAUUGUUGACAAGAUGGCGGUUGACAAGAUGGUGCUGGUGAUGCUUCCAGGGUCGGCGAGCAAAGUGUUGGAAGCCAUAUUGCCAUUAGUGCAAGUGGAUACCCGGUGUCAAGAAAGCACCGCUAUCUCAUCUUGCUACAGCCGUGUGUAUCAAUCGCUGGCCAAUCUGAUUCGCUGGUCUGACCAGGUAAUGCUGGAAGGUGUCAACUCUGAGGACAAGGAGAUGGUAACCACAGUCAAAGAUGUGAUAAAGGCCGUCCUGGACGGUGUGAAGGAACUGGUGCGUCUGAUGAUCGAGAAACAGGAACACCCAUCUCCAACUACCUCGACAAAACCAAGCUUACCAGCAUGCAAAACUGAUAGCACCGCAGAACUGCCCUUAUCUGAGCGUGAAUUGGAAAUCCUUAACAAGAGCCCUGAACCGAAAUGUAAGGAAGCUCAUGCAGAUAGUAUGGAGACGGAAGAGUUAGCACCGCCAAAGCCCCCACUACCAGGAAUAAGAGUAAUGGAUAACAGCCCUCCGCCUGCUUUACCGCCAAAGAAAAGACAAUCUGCACCUUCACCCACCCGAGUGGCAGUUGUGGCACCCAUGAGCCGUGCUACAAGUGGCUCCAGCUUGCCCAGCAGAAUUAAUGCCCAGGAUUUUGAAGUGGAUUGCUAUGUGCAUCGCAGGUUAUCCGGUGGGAGUCAGUCGUACGGGGGAGAGUCGCCGCGCCUUUCUCCAUGCAGCAGUAUAGGGAAACUCAGCAAAUCAGAUGAGCAGCUCUCUUCGCUGGACAGAGACAGUGGUCAGUGCUCCCGAAACACCAGCUGUGAAACUUUAGAUAAUUAUGACCCAGACUAUGAAUUCCUGCAACAGGACCUCUCCAGCACAGACCAAGUGCUGGGCCAUGGAACCAUUCUGAGCCCUCUCCCAGAAUCCCUAGAGUCUGCCUCCCCCUUUCAAGGACAAAGCUUCCAGAUGCCCGCCAGCAACACCCCAAAUUCAGAUCCAUCUCGGCUUUGGGCCAUAGAAACCCCACCUGCCCUGCCGGAGAAGAAAAGGAGGAGUACGGCCCCUCAGGCUUCGGACAGUAUCCGAGGAUGCUAUGAAAGGCACCCUUCUCAGUACGAUAAUAUGUGCGAAGAUGACAUGUCCCCAUUUGUUAGUACUUCUCCCUUUGUCGCAGUCUUGCCCUUCCAGCCAGGAAACACUUCUCAGGCCGAGUUCCUGGGGGACUUUGUUGCAGCAGAGUCGGAUGGGAUCCCAGAGAGUCCUCCCCCUCUUCCUGAGAAGAAGAACAAACAUAUGAUGACGUACAUGCGCUUCGUUGAAGAUUACUCAGAACCGCAGCCGUCCGUCUUCUACCAAACCCCGCAGAAUGAGCACAUCUACCAGCAGAAGAACAAACAUCUCCGCGAGGUUUAUGGCUUCAACGACUCGUUCAGCAGCCCCGAACCUGGCCAUGAGCGAGCCCCACCUCCUGCCUUACCCCCAAAGCAAAGGCAACUGGAUUCUCCUUUGCCCUAUGAAGGGCCCCAGCAAAACUGCACCCAGCCUUGUCUGCCAGGCAAAGAGAACCAUGAGGCUUCAGAGAGGCCUCCAAAGUCCCCAGAUGACAGUGAUGAGAAUGGUGAGGGGGAAGAGGAAGUCGAGGUCGAUGAACUGUCUCUUGUUGACCAUAGCGAGAUUAUGGCUAAACUGACCCUGAAGCAAGAGGGUGAUGAUGGACCGGAUGUGAGAGGCGGCUCAGGUGACAUCUUGCUGGUCCAUGCAACGGAGACCGAUCGGAAAGAUCUCGUCCUGUACUUCGAAGCCUUCUUGACAACGUAUCGCACCUUUAUUACCCCAGAGGAGCUGAUCCAGAAGCUCCAGUACAGAUAUGAGAGGUUUUGUCACUUUCAAGACACUUUCAAGCAGCGUGUGAGCAAGAACACCUUCUUUGUGCUGGUGAGAGUGGUGGACGAGUUAUGUUUGGUUGAGCUGACAGAUGAGAUCCUUAAACUGCUGAUGGAACUAGUUUUCCGGCUGGUUUGUAAAGGGGAGCUCAGCCUGGCUCGCAUCUUGCGCAAGAACAUUCUGGAAAAGGUGGAGAAUAAGAGGAUGCUGCACCAUGCCAAUUCUGCACUUAAACCCCUGGCUGCCAGAGGAGUAGCAGCAAGGCCGGGGACACUCCAUGAUUUUCACAGUCUUGAAAUAGCAGAGCAGCUGACACUACUAGAUGCAGAACUCUUCUAUAAAAUAGAGAUUCCUGAGGUUCUGCUCUGGGCAAAAGAGCAAAAUGAGGAGAAGAGCCCUAACUUAACCCAGUUCACAGAGCACUUUAACAACAUGUCCUACUGGGUCCGAUCCAUCAUCAUGCUUCAGGAGAAAGCCCAGGACCGGGAACGAUUGUUGCUUAAAUUCAUUAAAAUUAUGAAGCACCUUCGGAAACUGAACAACUUUAACUCCUACCUUGCCAUUCUCUCUGCGCUGGACUCCGCUCCCAUUCGCAGGCUUGAAUGGCAGAAGCAGACGUCAGAGGGCCUGGCAGAAUACUGCACGUUGAUCGACAGCUCGUCCUCCUUCAGAGCCUACAGAGCAGCGCUUUCUGAGGUUGAACCCCCCUGUAUACCCUACUUAGGCCUGAUCUUGCAGGAUCUUACCUUUGUCCACCUGGGGAACCCUGACUACAUUGACGGCAAGGUCAACUUCUCCAAGCGCUGGCAGCAGUUUAACAUUCUGGACAGCAUGAGGCGAUUCCAGCAAGUGCAUUACGAGAUCCACCGCAAUGACGAAAUCAUCUCCUUCUUCAACGACUUCAGCGACCACCUGGCGGAGGAGGCUCUGUGGGAACUGUCCCUAAAAAUCAAACCUCGCAACAUCACCAGGCGCAAAACAGAAAGGGAUGAGAAGACUUAGGGCGAUGCCAAAAAAAAAAAGCCAGAGACUGACGAGCAGAAACCGCAACAAAAUUCUCAGCUUAUGUUGGAGAGUGCAGUUAGUUUUUUGGUUUUUUUUGAGAGUGGGAGGGUCUAGAGAGAAUGUUUACCAUUAACUGCACCCAGCUCUUUGCUGACUCCUCCCACAGUCAUGGAUUGCUCCACCAUUGUUGUCCUUUUUGUCUCGUGGGAUUUAUAUAUAUUUUAUGUGCCAUCUUAUAAACGGUCAGUGUCAGGAAAAGGCCUGUGCCAUGUCUCCGUGGGAAUAUUCCUCCACCUGCCAACCCAGGCUUUUUAGGGUUAAAACAAUGUGUUUGUCACCAAUGACUUUCUUGGGAUGGAAAAACGACAACCGCAAACUAGUAAAAGACUUGCACCCUAAAAAGCCACUUAAUGUGCAACCUUGGAGUUUCUUUGUCUCCCCUAACUCUGCCACCCCAGCAAUGCCAUUACCACUCUGUCCAGUAGAAGGCAGUGUGUAUAUUUCCUGUAAAUAUCAGUAUUCUGGCGAGGGGGGCACUUCCAUGUGAUUUUAAUUAUUAUUAUUUUUUAUUAUGCCCUUGCAUGACGGUUAUACAGAGACUGAAAAGGGGAAUUGUACACAGAGGAGCUAAUUCCCGCAACAUGGACUGUUUAAAGAAGGGAAAUACGGCGAGUGGAGACACAGGAUACACUUGUCUCAAAGGUCAAAAUAAAUGUUUUAAACAUA